AUGGGUCUGAGCCAUUAUGGGAAUGGGAGUGCAACAGGACCAGCGCCUCCUCCAUUGAUGGGAAGCUACGCUUAUGGAUCAGGGUUGACGGGGAUCAGAUGGAGACCGGGAGCUGGCCACGAUCUUGCCUUCUCGUCUACCUCACCUAACGUCCCUUUUCUGGAUAAUCUGCUGCGUGAGGCAAAAGUCUUCAUGCUGGAAGUUUUCUACUAUGUCGAAGUGAUCCAGCUGGGGCAAAAGACUGAAGUCUGUUUCAACAGCUUCAGUCUUCUUCAAGGCGUGAUAGAAUUCAAGGCUCUGUUCUCGGAAGCUCGGGGAAUCGUUCUCAGCUACAAUGACGUGGUGAAUCGUCGACGGGUUGUGCUUCACCAUGCCCUGCACGUGAAGCAGCGGACUAUUCCUUUCCGCACAGGACCUGUCUCAAAACGAAUUACAUUCCCCUCGUCAAGUCGGGGGGAUUUUCACAACAAGUGA